CCGCGCCCCACCCGCGCAAGGGCCCAGCGCCGCCGUGCGGGAAGCGGGUGUCCCCCUGUUUACAGUCCCCCAGGGGACGGCGGCGGCGGCUCUCACCCUGCGCGCCUGAGGCCCGGCUUCUCCCCGCGAAGGCAGCUUCAGGAAGUGGGGCCGCGGAACCCGUGUUCACAGCGCCAGCGGCGGCGCCCGGGCGGGAUUAGCGGGACACGCUGCGGUCAAGAUGGCGGCCGCCAUGGAGGGCCCACGUGGGGUCGGUGCUGCAGACGCCGCCGCCGACUCAGCAGAGGAGAGCGGUUCUGAGUGGAGUUCAGAGCUCCCAGAAGACGGUUUCUCUUCAGAGGGCGAAGCGUUAGACGGUGAUGAUGAGGAUGAGGCGAUGGUCCACGGCAACAUGGAUGAAAAUGAAGCAGAAUCCCAGGCUGGCCCAAGUGCGGGUUGGGCGGAGGCCAUGGCCAAAGUGCUUAACAAAAAGAUUCCCAAAAGUCAAUCCACCAUAUUGGUUAAAAGUAAAGAGCUGGAGAAAGAAAGAGAGAAAGAAAAACAAGAGAAGCUAGAGAAAAAGAGGCAGCUUGAUAAAAAGCGGGAGUGGGAAAUGAUGUGCAGAGUGAAGCCAGAUGUUGCCAAAGACAGAGAAAUGGAAAGAAAUUUUCAGAGAAUUGCCACGAGGGGUGUUGUGCAAUUAUUUAACGCUGUCCGGAAACACCAAAAGACUGUCGAUGAGAAAGUGAAAGAAGCAGGGAAUUCCAAUAGGAAACGAGCUAAACUGAUGUCGUCUGUUUCGAAGAAAGACUUCAUCAGUAUGCUCAGAGGGAGUGAAGGAGCUAAAAGCGAACAAAGUACUUCUGGGAAGACCCUGAAAAGCAAACAGGGUGAAGUGAAAUCUGAUGAGCCAGCAUGGAACAUACUCCGUGACGAUUUCAUGAUGGGAGCGUCUAUGAAAGACUGGGAUAAAGAGAGUGACCGGGAAAGCCACACUGGACAAGAUGAUGGACUAAGGCAGGAUAGUGAAAGUGACUGAUGGAGGAAAUGAAAGAACAUUCAAGAUAAAAUAUUAGUUUACUUGAAUAAAAAGCUCUACAUUCUGUGAAUGCACAGCUUUUGGGGAUUGUAGAUAUGCCUAUUUUAAGGAAAGCAAAGACUUUCCUAGGUUUGGGUGUGGCUUCUUUCCUCAUUAGCUUCAAACUUUUAUUUACCAAAACUUCACUCCCUAUACUGAAAUCCUGAAAUAUUUUCCAAAACAUGUAUAAUUUUCAACAUAUUUCCAAAACAUUUUGUACAGUCAAAAUAGUGGCACCUGCCCAAUGAAAGAUAUGUUUUGCCAAGGUCAUUAAAAGUGAAUACAUUGGUCAUGGCUAUUGACGUAUUAUUGUGCCUGCAUUUCCAAAGCUAGGUUGCAUCUUGAAAAGGUGUCAGCAAUUUGUAAAAGAAAUGACUUACAAUAAACAUAAAAAUUCCAUCACCUUGUAAAGUUAUUGGUCUCUUGUAGAGUCUGCAGUCCUUUGGCCAAGAAAGAUUUUGUAGAUAAUAAAGAAAACUAACCACUAGUGUCAUAAUACUGGUCUCUGAGCAUUGAUUUGGUGGGAGACAGUCUUAGAAACUUAAUUUUAAAAAAAAGAAACUGAGGCCUAUGACUGAUGUCAUCUCUUUAUAUUGUCCCUUUAUUUUUUUUGCAAGUCUUAAGUUAAUCUCAGUACGAGACUAGUGGGAGAGGAAAGGAGCUCUCGCUUUUUAUUUUAUUUUUUUACCAUAAAUAAAACUUCAGGGGGCAAUGUUGAGAUUUGGAUAUUCCAGAUUCAGAAAGGAACCUCACCUGCGAGGUCCAUGGCAUAACUGCUGUGACAACUGUACAGCUUGAUUAAUUAAUGGUUUUAUAAAGUGCUGUCUGUACAUAGUGUUGAAUUGUGUCAAGGAAGGGUCACUGCUCUGAAUUGCUUUUAGUAUGAGGGUAAGAUUCUCAGCUGGAGUAAACAAGUGUCACUCUGUUGGCAUCAUUGGACCUAACCAAUUUACCCCAGUUGGUAAUCCAGUCCUUAAAGUACAAUGGGUACAAUACAUAUACAUGUAAAGAAGGGAUAGUUGUGUGGAUAAGGAAGAAAAGUAAGAACCAGGGGACUGAAUUCUCUCUCCGCCCAUCCAUAGGCUUGCUGUGAGAUCUUGUGUAGGUCAGUACCUCAGUUCCCCAAUUGUAAAAUGAAGAUACUUCAUGGGUUUUAAGGCAUAAUUCAUUGAUAUUUUAAACCACAUUGUGAUGAUCUGGAAGUUGUUACAAAACUGCCAAGUAUUCUUGCUGCUAUGGAUUUCUCAUGCACCUUUGUAUCUUAUUAUGUGCAGAGCACUAAGAAGUAUCUUCACUAAUUUAAAAAAAUAUUCUAAGUAUUCCCUUAUUCAGCAUCUAAGUGAAAUUAUAAAGGACUUCAUUGAUGUAAUAGAGACAAACUAUAAAUGUUAAAUUGGAUUUAAAUUUCUUAAAUAAGAUGAGUGGAGGGAUUUGUAUAUAUUAUACCAUGUAAAUAUAAUAUACAUAUAUAAUUCAUAAAACCAGCCCCUAACAGCUGGCAGUAGUUCUGUUAUACUGUAGCCUGUUCAUGCAUCUGGUAUAUAUUGUAGCAUAAUUCUUCGAGGAGAACUCGAAGUUAACAGCAGAAAUGUUUACGUUUUCAAACUGGUUUGAGUGUUAAGUGUAUUCGAUAUCUAAGGAGACAUUAGCUUGUGGCCUCAUGAUUAUUAUCACAAAUGAAGGCAUGUACCCAAAAUAUAGAGUGGCAAAACCACAAAAGUUUGAUGUACGUUUAUUCCAACUUCUGAGGAUUUGACAUCUGUAUAGUUAUUAAAUUAGUAGAAUUGGCAUCUCAUUAUUGCAGUGUAAACAAAUAUUUUUAAAAUAAGGUAAUAUAGUUUGAAUCUUAUAAUGUACCAUUAUAGUCUCACAUCACAUUUCUUGGUUUCUGCAGAGUUUAAUUACUUUGAAUAAAACCUACAUGGACAGCCUUAAAUCUAUAACUUUACUGAACAAAGAGUUGAUGAUGCUGAUUUGAAUUUUCUCUGUGGUUUGAUCUUAAGGCGUGGUACUGACUUACAUCCAACAUGUAAGUCCUGUUUGAUAUCAGCAGUAUCUGGCUCUGACCAGUGGCUCAUUGAGAUCAGCUACUUUAAAAAGAUGAUUUUUCCUACCAGAAAGUUGCUUGAGAAACAAUAGUAUAUUUUGAAAUGACUAAAUUUUAUAAAAUCAUUUUUAGCAAACAUUUCCAUAAUCUUUUAAGUUUUCAGAACUUGUUUGUAUGCACUUAGGUUUUUGCAGUAAAGUUGUAAGUGACCAAAGCAUUGAGUUGCCAUUUAUAAAUGUUUUUAAGAAAAACACGGAGAGAUUAGACAUAAAAGAUAAUGUCUUAAACUAUAAUUUUAGAUUGCACAUCAGCACCUGAGUGUUAUGGGGGGGGGGGGGUGAGUGUGUAGGCCACAUGUAUUGCCUUUCAAAUCCCUUAACAUUCAUAACUGACCUUUUUUAUGUACUACUUCAGACUGCCUAACCAACCCUCUCACCCUAUAAAGCCUCCUUGCUUUUUCUUUUGGGUUGCAUACAAUAUGCUUAUGAAUAAUUAAAAUCUAAAUCUGAGCCCUGAUUGUUUUAAAUUAAUCUUAAAUAGGUACUUUACUUGGACUGAAAUCUACAAAGCAUCAGCACAUCCGUGUGCUGUUUGAAUUGCUACGUUAUUGACAGCAUUAUUGUCUAACUUUCAGUGAAGUACGUAUAUGUGAACUUCAAUCCUGCAACUUCACUGGUCAAUAGAUUUUUUUUUUUUUUUUUUUUGGAAAAAGUGUUUGAGGGACAUGCAAAUAUUGUAAUAUUUCAUCAAAAACAAAUCUUUCUCCCACCACUACCUUCUCCAUCCAAAGCAAUUCUGAAACUUAUUUCAAGGCAGAGAAAUGGUCCACUUAGCUUAACCCAACUGCCUUCUACUCUCUCUGCACCUGAACCAUUUCCAUGAACACAAAUCCUGCCUUGGUAUUGUGGUUUUAAGCUGAGGAUUUAAAUGUGUAGUAAAAGUAGAUUCCUGUUGUAUAGAAGCAACUCUGAGACUGAUUUUCCUUUCGCAAGAGGGGAAGGAUGAUCAGAACCAUGGGCUCCGCAGAUGCUCAACACCUCUGGAAUAGUGUGGCAGAGACAGAGCUAGAACCCACGUCUGCUGACUCCCAGCCCUACCCCUUUCCCACAGAGUCACUCAGCCCACCCUCCCUAGCAGUGCUCUCUUCCUCUAUCAUCGCAGAGAGAGCAGAACUUGGUUCUCAAGCUCAGUCUCCUGCUCCCAUGAGUUUCCAGGCUUCAGAAGAGCUGUGCUACUGCCUAAAGGGAGGAGUUCAUGAUCCUACUUACCAUUAUAUGGUGUCUUUUUACAUCCAUAGAAACAAAGAGACCUAGGACUGGUUCCAGAUGUGCAAGGCACCAGGUAGACUCCAUAAUAUGCACAUCUGGAAAAGGAUUCUUUGCUGCAUGGAUUGCAGACAAUACAUUUUCACUGGGGAGAGGAGCAGUUCACCUUAAUCUAUUGAUUAAUUUUGCCUUCUUCUUCUGAUCAUCUUAGGCUUCUCUUUCUGUGAGGAAAGGACCAUCUUCCCCUGGGGUCUGCCCCUGUGAGAGAACCUUUGGUGGGGUGUUCUUGGGGUCUGUUUUAUAUUCUAUACUAAUUUUACUGGGACACAGAGAGGCUCCGGGAACUUCCCUGCCAUGGCUGCUUGAGUCGGGAGAGCUCCUGCCUGUGGUGCCUCUCUGGCUGGUGAUCUCUUGGUUCGGGGCUGAGGAGCGUCUCCCUUCUGAAGUUCUAUGCUCUGACCAAGAUGAGUAAUGUGAACCAAGCAUUCCAUUAGUGCUGAUUGGGGGCCCUGCCUGUUUCCUACUGGAAAGGGGAUUUCUUUUUAGAAAGAAUGAAACUGUUCUGGGUAGGAUGGUGCUCCUAGAACAGGCUGACCUGUGUAGCUGCAUGACCUGCAUGUCCCUUGAGUUAUCUCUGCAGUCACCACCAUCUCACAUCUAGCACUUUGAUGGUUAGAAGGACAAACCCUUAACUCUUUUAUAAAAUGGGUCCUGGCAUCCUUAAUAACCAGACUGAGCAGUCAUCAACUUUGCUUUCUUCCAGCCCUUGCAAACCGAUCAAUGACUUAUCCGGGACUUGCUGCAAGAUAGAGGCAGGGGAAGACCUGAAAUGUCAGGAAGCCUUGAGAUUUUGUUAAAUUUUGAUCAUACUUGGAGCAAAUGUGCAGAGAUCCUAAAGCCAAACAAGAUGCACAUUAAACAUACAGACAACGAACAGAUGUUUACAACCUUAGCCAUGGGUUUUGCAUUCUGCAGUAGAUGGGAGGAUUGUGAAUGGUGGUUUUCCAAAAAGGCAGUUGAAAACUUGGUGACUUCACUCCCCUGCUUUCUGAUAUACUGGAGAUGCUUGAAGCAGAAUGUUCUGAAUAAGAUAAUAAUACCACAGGUCAAAUACUGUAGUAAAGAUUACAUUUGGGGAAUGAGGGGGUAUGGGCUAGCUUCCUGAGCUGUCUUACAACAGGUGUUUGUUUUCAAAGGCAGUUGUUUCUUAUCGCUCUUAUCUUUGGGUACACAUUGACUGAACAGAGCUUGACUCAAAAUGUGCAGCUUCAACACUGAAUAAAAUUCUUGCUUUUAUCCUCGUGCAACAUUUCAAUCUUCAGAAUGAGUUCAGUCCCCCUAACACGUAUAUAACUUGUGUGCUGCCAAAUGCUUUAAUAAGUUUAAAGGGGGCAUUUUCAAAAGCUCCUAAGGGAUUUAGCAUGGCAUUACUUUCAAUGGGAUUCUAAAUCCUUUCAGUGCUUUUGGAAAUCUUCCGAUAAAUCAACAAUAUAUCAUUAUAGUAUCAUAGUUCAUCCAUUCCAGUGAAAUGACCAAUAGCCUCUUCCCUCACUCCACUGAAUGGCGGAGAUUCUCAAGCACCAGCAUGCAGCUUUUCAGUAAUAAUCUUAAAGUUCUAUUUUCAGCAUUUCUAUUGAUUGUAAAAUUGCUAAAUAGGUUUGCAUCCUGCAAAAACUUACACCAGAGAGGUCUCAUUCUGUAAAUUGCAUACAUAAGUCUUUGCAGGCUUGUAGCUCUAAUAACUUUUAACAUUUGAUAUUAAGAUUCCAUUUAUAAAUGGUUAAUACAUGAUCAAUAGAUGUUAUAAACAUGUUACAAACGUGAGUAGUGUGUGUCAUAGAUGGUUACAAGCACAUCAGUAGAAGGUGUUGUCUAUGAUUGUAUACCAUGGUUGUAAACAUCAUCUUGACCUAACCGAAUCUGUAAAAUGCAUUGAAAACAUCUGUUAACCCGUUAUAAACUCUUAUAAAUGUCAUUUUAAUAUUA